CCGGAAGUGCGUAAGCGAGGCGCUUCAGGCGUGCUCUCUGUGUGUGUGAAGUUAGUAGACUGCUUCGGGGAAAAUUGGUGGUAGCCGCGCUGCCUGUUUUGUGGCGCCAUGCCUCGCAGGCGGAAGAAACCAUUUAUAGAGAAGAAAAAUGCCGUAACAUUUCAUUUAGUGCACAGAAGUCAGAAGGACCCAUUGACUGCAGAUGAAACUGCACCCCAGAGAAUUCUUUUGCCUACUCAAAAGGGAAAUGAUGAAAAACGAAGAGAAGAACAGAGGGAAUAUGGAAUAUUCUUUGAUGAUGACUAUGACUACUUGCAGCAUCUCAAAGAAGCUGCUGGAACUUCUGAGCUUGUUCCAUCAAGCAUCCAAAGUCAACAAGGCAGGCUUAUAGUAACCACAGAAGGGGAGGUCAGAGAAGAAAUUCAGCGCAUUCCAGCUCCCACUCUUAAUUUGCCCUCAUCGGUGUUUGCAUCAGAAUUUGAAGAGGAUGUGGGACUAUUAAAUAAAGCUGCUCCUGUUACAGGGCCCAGGCUGGAUUUUGACCCCGACAUUGUUGCUGCACUUGAUGAUGAUUUUGAUUUUGACAAUCCAGAUAAUCUUCUUGAAGAUGACUUUGUUUUAAAUGCUAAUAAACCUGGGAGCAUAAAGCAGGAAGAGGAAGGCUACUGGGAAUCCAAAUCUGGAGAUGAAGAUGAAUGGGAGGACAUGGACGAAGAGGAGAUGGAUGGAAAGGACAUUCGUAGUGAUGGGGAAUGUGAUUCAGAGGGUCCUUUGUCAGAUGAUAGUGAAACUGGAGGAGAGAUGAAAGAAUUUCUUUUCAUGCAAGAGGAGACCAAGAGCCGUUUCACAGAAUAUUCCAUGACCUCUGCAGUAAUAAAAAGGAAUGAACAGUUGACCCUUCUGGAUGAGAGAUUUGAGAAGUUUUUCGAACAGUUUGACGAUGAUGAAAUUGGAGCAUUAGAUAAUGCAGAACUAGAAGGCUUCAUUCAAAGUGACAGUGCUCGGUUACAGGAAGUCUUGAAUGACUACUACAAAGAGAAAGCAAAGGACUGUGUGAAACUAGAUGAUCUUGAAAUUGGGGAGGAUUCAGAGCUGCUCCAGAAUAAGGCAGUAAAAGAAGCAGUUGAUGAAGAAGAGGAACUUGUAACUUUAAUUACAGAGGAACCCAAAGAAAAAUGGGAUUGUGAAUCUAUUUUAAGCACCUAUUCAAACUUAUACAAUCAUCCAAAACUUAUUGACGUUCCACAAAAGCCCAAACCAAUCAAAGUGUCCAGUAAGACUGGAAUCCCUCUGGAUGUUUUGCCUAAAAGAGGACUUACCGCUAAGCAGGUUGAGUGCAUGCAGAUGAUAAAUGACAGCGACCUGCCAAGAGUAUCCACACAACCACGGCUAAAAAAUGAAAGUAAAGAGGAUCACAAAGCCAGAAAACAAGCUAUCAAAGAAGAACGCAAAGAACGCAGGAUAGAGAAGAAAGCGAACAAAUUAGCCUUCAAACAUGAGAAAACAAGGCAACAGAGACAGCUGCUCAACCUUCAACAAGCCAUUCAGGGGCUCAAAUUGGCAUAAUCAGAUUAAUUGCUUCUAUGAAGCAGGCACUUUCUUCGUUGCUGGUAUCUCUGGAAUGGCUUCUUCCCCCUGUCCUCAGCCCGUCCUGACAUGGAGUGGUAUCUUCUAGCAAAAUGUCAAUAUUCAAAACAAAAUAAUGCAGACUCUACACGAAGAAGUAUCUGGCAGGGAUGAUGGGGUUCUUUCCAUUUUAAAAAACUGUAUUAUUUGGUUAUUCUUUUGCUUUAUGCAGCUGUAUUGUAACACACAAUCUGGCAGAAUCCCAUAAUUCCAGAAGAACCAAAAAUACCAUUAGUCGAAGUGGGAUAACUACUGGUUUUAACCACAUAAUGCAUAAAGUCAUGUGAAUGAUUGUGGAUUCUCAUUCCUGAGAAGACAUACGCUAUUUACAGUGCAGUGCUAUGUGGAAACAGACUAAAUCUUUUGAUUUUAUCUGGGCUUAGACUGAAACUGUACUAUUAACCUCAUAAUUUGUCUAUAAUAAUGAUGCGUACUUGUAAAUUAUUUAUAUAAUAUCGUAAAUAGGCAAAAGGCUCAAAUACUUUAUUAUAUAAAUAAAAUAAAGUAAGCAAAACCAUUUAUGCUGAUCUGAGCUUCUUGGAGAACAGGUACGAUAAAAACGUGGUGAAUUGAUAGAAUUUUUUAAAUUGACAUUUAAUUUCUUAAUUCAGUUUCAAGUCAUCGUUCAUCACUUUCAACAGUGAUUGGGGUGCAUUUUCUUCCCUGGUCAUACUGUUUUUGACAGAGUAAAAUGUAGCUCUAGAAUGUCUUUCCCUUAGGACAUUUCUACUUGUAUAGUAGCAAACAAUGUCUCCAAAAUACAGCCAGUUAUUAUUUACAGUUUACUUUCUGUAGACAAAAAGCACCCUGGGUAAAAAAAUUCCAACACCUGAAAUCUAUGCAUUUUGCCAUUGGGGUAGGGUUGUACCGCAGUCCAUCAAAUGUACUGGGAUACAAAAAACACCCUGAGUCAUUAAGAAAACUUUGAACUGGGGAAUAAUUUUAAGUGUUCUGGAGAGAUAAUGCCUUUCCUGAGAACCUAGAGAACAGUUACCUUACUACAGGGAGAGAUAUUAGUGGGGUAGCAAAAAAACACCUCAAGUAUCAAAAAUGUAAAAAGUAAAAUUCCUUGUACUUUAAAACCCCUUUUAAAAAAAUCUAUUAAAAUUCAUGAACAUUUGUUGUUUAUUAUCUUAGGUUCAAACUGUAGCUUUUGUUAUUCCAAACUGAAAAAAUUGUGUAGCUUUGUAAAGUACACAAUACUGGUACAAGUUAUUCAGUGUGGAAAAGGAGGUGGUGCUAUGCAAAACAAACAUUAUGCCUCCUAUCUCAGUAGGUUUUCAAGCUCUGGAUGUUCUAGUAUUGUGAAACACAAUGACCUCUGGCAUCUGAAAUGAAAAAAACAUUUGUACAGGACUUUUCUACCCCAAGAUACAUUGGAAUUCAGUUCGGGGUAGAAACGAUGCCCAAAUGCAAAAUGUUUACAGGGUUCAGUUUUUUACAGUGUUAGAGGGUGAAGCGUAAACUAAUAUUGGCUGUCUUAUCUUUCCCAUGGAAAUCAUGCUAGCUAUUUCGUGAAAUUCAGUUAUUUAGGAUACUGCCUGGCUUCAGUAAAAUAUCCUUUCUAA